AUGGCAAAGAAGAGAACCACCACAAGAAAGACAAGGCAGGCUGCCCACUCUAGCAACUCUGACAACCAUCCCUACCGUCACAACUCCAAGCAUAUUUCCGCCUCCCCCUCCGUUGCUUCCUCGCCGUCUCCACAACCGCACGACCUUGUCCAGCGCCGGCGUAAGGGGACCCCUGUCCGCUCGCCCUCCCAAGGUGACCGCUCUAAGGGCAUCGUCUUUGCCUUCCGCAUCCAGCCCGACUCUGAUCUCUCCAUGGCCGUCGACAUUCUCAGUUAUGACCAGGUCUCAGAGGAACCAGAGUCUUCCACCUCUCAGUCAGAAGAGUCCUCUACCACAACAUCAAAAGCCAACGCAGAGGCGUCAACAGCGCCAUCAAUAGCCUCCUCAACGGCAGCAGAAGCACCCGCCGGCUCUGUUCCCUCCAGCAGUGAAGGUCGGGAAUCCUCUUCUACCCAGCUCAAGCUUGCCGGAGAAAAGUGGUCCAGCGACCCCAGCUCAUACCUCAGCAACAACGUCGUCGACCUGACCCGCAAUGUCCUUAUCCUCCACUCCCGCAAGCCUCAAGACACCACAGGAACAUCAUCGACAGCAUCGUCGUCACCAGUCCAUCCAUACAGCCGGUCAGCCGUCCCCUCAAGGUCGUCGUCCAUGUCGCUUCCAUCGACUCCACCUCUGACCGAUUCCAGUUCCGCCUCUUCGUCGCCCUCUUCGUCGCCCUCUUCGUCGCCCUCUUCGUCGCCCAGUUCUCCAACGCUACAGCCCUUCGAGGUAACAGUAGCAGCAGGAGCAAGCGAAAAGGAAAAGAACAAUUCGUUCCCAGACCAUCUCUCAUCUGCGCUGCCACUGUCAUUACCCCUUCCGGACCCCAUGGUGGCGGACCUGAAGUCGCAGCCCCCUCGAAUGCUCCGUGUACGAGGAUUGGGCAAUGGAGCAAGACGGAUGCAGGUCUUUGUCGUAUGA